GAGUGUAUCGUGUGGUGGAUGCUUCCUGUAGCUGCAGAGAUAACUACUUGGGAAUGCGCCAGAGGCAGCUGCUUGGGGACGUUCAGUUUGUUGUGGGUCGUUGCGCCGGUGUGGUGCAGUCAGAUUGGUGCCAGUCAGAUUUAACAGAACGCCGCUCUCCCGGGCAACGCUGCGUUGGACAUCUCGCGCUCCUGCGAGUGUACGCAUGCGCGUCGUGCCUGUAUUUGCGGAAGAAGUUACUGUUUUGAUUUUGAACGUCCACAUGCAUGGCUGCCUACGUUGACUGUCACUGUCAUAUCUCUGCGGGGGAUUUUGACACGGACAUAGAGGAGGUGAUUGAGAGUUCAAAAAAGGCUGGAUUGCUGGCGCUGUUAGCUGUGGCCGAGCAUGCUGGUGAAUUUGAAAAGAUUAUCGAGUUGUCACAAAGGUUUCCAGGGUUUAUAUUUCCCUGCUUAGGAGUGCACCCUGUUCAGGAGGUGUCCGCAGAGCAACAGAGAGGGGCUUCUCUCCAGGAUCUAGAUGCUGCUCUACCCAUAAUAGAGAAAUACAAAGACCACCUUGCAGCCAUUGGGGAGGUUGGUUUGGAUUUUACACCCAGAUAUGUCAGCAAUGACACUGACAAAGAGAGCCAAAGGCAGGUCCUCAUUCGUCAGGCACAGAUAGCCAAAGAGCUUGAUCUCCCUCUAAAUGUUCAUUCACGGUCUGCAGGGAGACCCACCAUCCACCUCCUGAAGGAGCAAGGUGUCGAAAAAGCCCUGCUUCACGCUUUUGAUGGGAAACCAUCUGUUGCCAUGGAGGGAGUGAAGGCUGGAUAUUUCUUUUCUAUACCGCCAUCCAUCAUACGGAGUGAACAGAAGCAGAAACUUGUGAAACAGUUGCCAUUAGAGAACAUCUGUCUGGAAACUGAUUCACCUGCUCUCGGUCCAGAAAAGCAGGUGAGAAAUGAACCCAAAAACAUCUGUAUUUCUGCUGAGUACAUUAGUAAGAUCAAAGGAGUGUCGCUGCAGACGGUGAUGGAGGUGACAACACAGAAUGCGCUACGACUCUUUCCAAAGCUAAAAUCUGCCAUCAGACCAUGACAAAAGCCUUAAAUGUGCAUUUCACCAGUCCAGAAUAUCUCAAAUUUAUGCCCGUAUAACUCAAUGUGUAAGUAUGAUUGAACCAAAAGGGUCAGACAAGGUUUCAGUCAAUGUCAGAGCCACAUAUUAAAAGCUACAACCCCUGUAUGUGGACUAUAUAUCUGACCUGGAGUGCUGGAAGCCCAAUUUAUGUAUCUCCAUUUAUUCUUAAAUAAAGGAAAGUGGGA